ACCCUUUGCCGUUCCCACUCCCCCUGGAUCUCUUUCUCUCUCCUCUCUUCUAUUCUUGCUUUUCCUAGCUUCUCUAUCUCGUGCUGUGCCUUGUCUAACCUUUAAAACCCUCUUCUGCCCCUCGAGAGAAGCGUCCUGAUCUCCUGAACCUGUCAGUCGCAUUGUACAGACUCCCCUACAUCACACAGACCAGUAACUAUCACCAUGUCCCGCAAGAGAAAGCAAGACGAGGAGGAGGAGGAGCUCGUCUCCCUCCCUGAAGACGAUGAUGGUGAGGAGGAGGAAGAGUACGUCUCCACCGAAGAUGAAGAAGACGACGAAGCUGAUGCAAAGGCCGAGCCUCCUGUAAAGAAGCGCAAGACGGCCGAGGCAGACACCAAAGAAACCAAUGGCGACGCCGAGGAGGAGGAAGAAGAAGAGGAGGAAGGUGAUGAGGAGGCCGAAGCUGAAGGCGAUGAGGAGGAUGCUGAGGGCGAUGAAGACACCGCUGAUGUCUCUGCCCCAGCCAAGGAGGGCGUUAAGCCUGCUGAGGCGCCUGCUACUGCUACUGAGACCCCAGAGCCCAAGGCGGUUACAGCUGGUGGUGACGAGUAAUACCUACGAGGCGACUCGUUUAUCGUAUAGCAAUUCGUUCCUUUUACUCCAUAUAUCUUUCAACACAUUGAAUUAUUUCUGGGUAUUGUUGCUUGGAAGUGUCACUAUCUCUUGAGUUGUGCCGUUGUUGAGUGUAGGUUGAUUUGGGUGAUGGUGUUUGUGAAGUUACU